AUGUCUUUUAACGGGGUAUUUGAUAGAUAUAAUGGUGUAACCAUUAAUUCCAAUGAUGAACCCUGCGCAGUCGAAAAUUUUAGAAUCCAACUUGUGAAUUCCUUAACACACUGGAAUAAUGAAAAGCGAAGAUGUAUUUGGUUUAAAGUUAAUAUUAAAGAUGCUGCUUGGGUUCCGAUACUGGCAGAAGAAGGCUUUAACUUUCACCACGCAAGAGAUGAUUUUGUCAUGAUGUACAAAUGGCUUCCUCAGGAUCGAUCAGCCAAUUUGCCACCGUCUUGUCAUACAAAUUUAGGUGUUGGUGGUUUAGUUUUUAACAGCAAAAACGAAAUACUUGUGGUAAUGGAAAAGCACUUUGAACACCCACAUUGGAAACUGCCUGGUGGUUAUGUGGAAAGAGGUGAGGAUAUUAAGGAUGCAGCUAUUAGAGAAGUUAAAGAGGAAACUGAUGUUGACACAACUUUUGAGUCCAUGGUUACCUUCAGACAUACUCACAAAGCCAUGUUUGGUAAUUCUGACAUUUACGUUAUUGUAUUGUUAAAGGCCACUACAGAUACAAUAACAAAAUCUGAAAUAGAAAUUAAAGCUUGCAAAUGGAUGCCCGUUGAUGAAUUCCUAAGCCAUCCUGAAGUUAUAGAUUUUAAUAAAACAAUUGUAAGACAAGCUCUAGAUGAAAAAAGAAGAAAUAUCAAGCUAGAUCUUCAAAAAAGUACUCUUAAGCUUAAAUCAUUUACAAGGGAUAUAACAUGUCUUACCAUUGAAGAUUUAUAG